CCUGGGGGUUGUUACUACACAAAACGUCUAUAAUGUCAUUCCUCAACUACCAAGUUAUUCGCUAGGAACACACCUCUGAGAUCAAGUCGAUAGCCACCAUGAAAUCGAUUCUGCAACGAGCGACACAGAUUCAAUGGAUAAUACCAAAGCUGUGCAAGAUGAUCAAACACACUAGAUAUGGUCUGAGGUCCAGUAGUGGCAUAUUUGGUAUCUUCUAUCUACACGCUGUACUCGCAAUGUUAUGUACGUGGUCAACACUAUCAACCUUGACAACACCUUUUGAAAAAAACAGCUAAUCCUCUGCAUAUUUCAGCUCCAAAACGCCUGAACUGUCCAACUCUAAUCUGU